ACUAAAUUUAAAAAAAUAAUAAUUUUAGGAAUAUUAUCAUAAAAAAAUCUAAAAGCCAAAGGGUUUCUAUGUUGACUGUUAUUCUUCUCGUUACUCUAACCCUCAUUUUCUGCAAAAACAAAACCAAGCAACCAAUUCAAAUGGAGUCAAAUGGAGGUGAAGUAGCUCGAAUCCUCGCCCAAAUUCAAAUCUUGAAGGCUUCUAAGACCGACAUAGAGAAUCAGAUUGCGUCUCUCGAAGCUCAGCUUCCUCACUUGAAUCUCCAAAAUGACACCGUCUCCUCUAAUGGUUCUCGUCUUUCAAUUUCCAACCCUCAUUCUGGGUUCAGCAAUGAUUUAUCGCCUGAUAUGAUUUACCGUUACAGUCGUCAUCUCUUGCUCCCUUCCUUUGGAGUUCAAGGGCAGUCGAAUCUCUUAAAGUCUUCUAUUUUAGUUGUUGGAGCUGGAGGGUUGGGCUCGCCUGCUCUGUUAUAUCUGGCAGCUUCAGGUGUUGGGCGGUUGGGUAUUGUUGACCAUGAUGUUGUUGAGUUAAAUAAUAUGCACAGGCAGGUUAUACAUACUGAAGCUUUUAUUGGUCAGCCAAAAGUGAAAUCUGCCGCUGCUGCCUGUCGCUUGAUCAACUCCUCCAUUCAGAUUGUGGAACACCAAGAAGCUCUGCGUACAUACAAUGCCUUGGAAAUUUUUAGCCAAUAUGACAUAAUAGUAGAUGCAACAGAUAAUGCUCCAAGUCGUUACAUGAUCAAUGAUUGCUGUGUGGUGUUGGGGAAGCCUCUUGUAUCAGGUGCUGCAUUGGGAUUGGAAGGCCAGCUCACUGUCUAUAAUUACAAAGGAGGUCCAUGCUAUCGAUGCCUUUUUCCAACCCCACCUCCUACAACAGCAUGCCAAAGAUGUGCUGAUAGUGGAGUUCUAGGAGUUGUUCCUGGUAUCAUUGGUUGUCUCCAAGCACUUGAGGCCAUUAAAAUUGCAAGUGCCGUAGGUGAACCGCUAUCAGGACGGAUGCUUCUAUUUGAUGCAUUGUCAGCACGAAUUCGUAUUGUCAAGAUUAGAGGGAGGUCAUUACAAUGUGAAGUUUGUGGAGAAAAUGCAGCAUUCACACAAAAGCAAUUUAGAGAUUUUGAUUAUGAGAAGUUCACGCAGUCUUCUUUGGCAACGGAUCCGUUGAAGUUGAACCUGCUUCCGGCAGAAUCUAGAAUAAGCAGUAGAGAGUUCAAUGAGAAGAUUGUUAAAGGGGAAGCACAUGUGUUGGUAGAUGUACGCCCUGCCCACCACUUUAAGAUUGUUUCCCUUCCCAAUGCCUUAAACAUCCCGCUAUCAAGUUUGGAGGUUAGAUUGCCAGAAAUAUCAUCAGCAAUGCAGGAAGAGAGAGAGCGCAGGGGUAUUGGAUCAGAGUCAGGUAUGAGCUUAUACGUUGUAUGCAGAAGAGGUAAUGAUUCACAGAGGGCUGUUCAAUUAUUACACAAGAAAGGCUUUAAUUCAGCCAAGGAUAUCAUUGGGGGCUUGGAGGCCUGGGCCCAUGAUAUAGAUCCAAAUUUCCCUACAUAUUAGAAGUUGAACAAAAUCAUAUUUUCUGUAAAAUUAUUAUCAAGUACCUUUACAUAUGGAGAUCUACCUUAUUAUUGUGCUACUUUUAUACCAAGUAAGAACAGAAGCAUUCAUAUCAA